AUGGAGCUAGCAACAGACUUGAGGGGACUAUCGAUCCUCAACCCUUCCCCCGAACUUCUUCGGGGACCGGCACUCUUGCAUGAUUUGGUGGCGCUGUCGAGUAACGAUGGUGCGCCGGCGGUAGAUUACCGCUCAGAUGUCGGCGAUAGAUCAUCCCUCUCUUAUUCUGAGUUGCAUACCGCCGCAGCGGCCUUAGCUGCGCGUAUAUCCGAUAUCCUGUACUCUUUACCUCCGCCAGACGCCGGCGAGAGUCUCGUCAUUCCCAUUCUUCUGCCGCAGUCACCUGCUCUCUAUAUUGGUCUCCUCGCGAUUUUAAAGGCCGGCGCCGCCUUUUGCCCCCUAAGCCUCAACACCCCCCAUGACCGUCUCAGGUUCAUAUUGAAGGAUAUCCGUGCGAAAAUCGUCAUAACUGACCUUCAAUCUGAGUCGAAACUGCCGGUAGAUGGGGAUGCGUAUAGAAUUCUGGUAAUCGACAAACCGCCGGAUGAUUCAAUACGUGAAGAGGCCCGGUCGACUUUUGACACAAUACCCGAAGCCGAAGAUCUAGCAUAUGUUAUGUAUACGUCCGGUUCGACGGGUUUGCCCAAGGGUGUCGGCGUCUCUCAUAUCGCUGUCACGCAGAGCUUGCUCGCUCACGACCGCCACAUCCCGGCGUUUGCCCGGUUCCUUCAAUUCGCGGCGCCUACCUUCGACGUGUCCGUGUUUGAGAUCUUCUUCCCCCUCUUUCGCGGUCGCACCCUCGUGUGUUGCGACCGCGCAGAUAUGCUGACAGACCUCCCUCGUAUUUUAAGGGAAAUGCAAAUAGAUGCUUGCGAGCUGACACCUUCAGUUGCCGGCAGUCUUCUGAAAAAGAGAAGUAACGCGCCAAGCUUGCGGCUGUUGCUGACAAUCGGCGAGAUGCUUACUGAACCCGUUAUUCGGGAAUUCGGGGGCGAUGAGAAUCAAGAAAGCUUGCUCUGGGGGAUGUAUGGCCCUACGGAAGCAACCAUUCACUGCACGCUACAGCCUUCGUUCUUAAAAACGUUUACCAUAAAUAAUAUCGGGGUCCCUCUCGGCACUGUCUCGGCCUUCAUAAUAGACGCAGAUACGACCGAUUUCCGAGUGCUUCCUAUCGAGCAUUCCGGAGAGCUUGCCGUCGGGGGCCUGCAGAUUGCCUCGGGCUACAUCAAUCGACCAAAGCAGACAUCGGCAGCUUUCGUCGAUACACGAUGGGGCCGAAUCUAUAGAACUGGUGACAAGGCCAGGAUGUUACAAGACGGCACUAUCGAAUGUCUCGGAAGAAUAGGGGGUGGACAAGUAAAGCUAAACGGGCAGAGGAUAGAACUGGGAGAGGUUGAGCAUGCCCUUCUACGCACGCCGGGAUGCCACAGUGCUUUCGCCACUGUUAUUGCCAAUGUUUUGGUGGCUUUUGCGGCAGUCGAAGAAAGCUCUGAAGCUGCGAGAAUUCGUUUGACAAUCCUUUCCCAAUGCAGGUCUUGGUUGCCGGCAUUUAUGAUCCCUGCUGAUGUCAAGAUAAUGAAUCAUUUCCCUCUGUUACCUUCAGGUAAAGUUGAUAAGAAAACGUUGAUCGAGUAUUAUGAGGCGGUGGCUACUCAUGAUCCGGAUGCGGAGGAGAUGUUCCACGAUUCUCUAGAGGUUCAACUAUGCGAGAUUGCUGGGGCGAUUCUCGGACGACCUGUCGCUCCGUCAACUCGUCUACCCUCCUUAGGUUUAGAUUCGUUGUCGGCGAUUGAAUAUGCAUCAAUGAUUCGAGCCGUCGGAGUUGCUGUCAGCCCCGCCGAUAUUUUGGAUUCGUUGACUGUUCGAGAGCUGUCGCGCCUCAUCGGCGGCCGGCGCGAUGUGACGAAUGCGCUUAGUUCGGAUGAAGGCUCCCUAGCUUUGGAUCAUCCAGAGCGACAUUUGAAUCUCUUAACAGACGACUGCGUGAUGCGGUCACAUCUGGAUGACGUCGAGCGCGUGGAAACGUGCAGCCCUCUUCAGGAAGCAAUGGUUGCGGAAACCCUAAAAGAUGCGAGAUUAUAUAUCAAUCAAACGGAACUUCGCUUCCCAAGCCAUCUCGCUAUCGAAUCGAUUAAGUCCUGGUUCCUGGCUCUGGCCCAACGCAACGAAAUUCUACGUACCGGGUUCUCGCAUCUAAAUAAUAAACUCUACCAAGUAAUCUGGAAACAGCUUAGGGAAGAUCAAGUUGACGUUCUCGAUCACGCUCGCCCUUUUCAAUGUGUCGAAGUCGAACAUUUUCUCCGUCAUCCGUUCAAGCUUGAUAUUAUUCCCGGCAAAUCCGUAACGGACUACCACACUGUAAUGAUGACCGUCCACCAUUCGAUAUAUGACGGAUGGACUAUAGACAUGCUAAUCGAAGAUCUUUCGUUGUUGGCACGCGGCCGGCUACCGAUCGACAGGCCUCAGUUUAGACAGGUAUCCUGUUAUUUCACUGCAGUCCCGGAAACCGACAUGAUGAACGCUAGAGAAUUUUGGGCGGAGCAUCUCCGCGGACACACCCCUCCAGCUCUGCCUAACUUUAGAACUACAGCUGUGCUAGAAUCUCAGAUUAGAACAGUGCGCAGGGAGAUCGGGUUGAACCCUGCGGUGGCGCGGGAUUUCGCUCUGGGAGCGACCAUCGGUCCUCAGGUCCUAUUCCAAGCCUGCCUAAUGUGGCUUUGGGGGGCGGUUUGUGGCGCCGAUGAUGUGACGAUCGGUUCCGUAUCAUCCGGCCGCACUCUUCCAAUAGCUGGCAUCGAGAAGGUGAUGGGACCUUGCGUGACUACGCUUCCCUUAAGAAUUAUUCCCAGUAGAUACACCACCAUUACCGAGCUCUUGCAGGGGAUUCACGCCAUCAACCGGGAGACCCUUAGAUAUGGCAGUCUUCCUCUUGCGGAAAUCAAGCGGGCAGCUGGAAUCCCUCUCUCUCAGAAACCAUUUGACAUCAUAUUCGCUUAUCAGGAAUCCCUUGUUAGCCGCAGACAGGGCGAUAAUAUCGUUUACGAGAGUUCACAUCAAGACGCGGUAGAAGCCAAGCUCCUUAUUGAGAUUUUGCCGUUAGAAAGCCAUUAUUCGUGCCAGAUCACGUGGCACUCGGACGCCUUUUCGGAGCUACAGGUAGACAACUUAUUUCGACACCUAAACUAUCUAGUCAAUUACUUUACCACAAACUACAAUGAGCCGCUGGGAGGUAUCUCGCGAAGCUUUCCGCCUGAAAGACUAUCUAUUUACAACGAGAAGCCGAAGCGCCUCAAGCUGCUACGGAGCUUAUCAGGGCUCGUAGAGAGAUCGGCCUCGACGUUUCCAACUCACGAUGCUCUAUGUUUCACAUCUACCAUCGGCGUUUCUGGUAUAGAGGCGCGCGUCUUGACAUAUGAAGAGUUGAACUCCCAAGCAAACCGGAUAGCUAGAUACCUUCGAGGAUCCGGGGUAGUCGGCGGUGGGGUGAUCGCGCUCGUAAUGGAGAAGUCGAUAUUGAUGUAUUGCACUAUACUCGGGAUCUUGAAAUCCGGUUGCGCAUAUCUUCCCAUACUUCCCAGCACCCCACUUCACAGGAUACGACUGAUUCUCGAGCAGGCUCGAACUAGAAUUUGUCUCAUCGAUAGAUCUUCUCCUCUGCAGCCAGUUGAGAACGCUCCGUGCUCGAUCAUCGAUGUCUCUUGCUUGUCGUUUGCCAAAUAUUCCGACUCCAACUUUGAAAUUCCCGAGAACGUGUCCGACCUCGCCUAUGUCAUUUACACCAGCGGAACUACGGGCGCCCCGAAAGGGGUCUCGGUUACGAAUGCGAACAUAUUGAGCAAUAUCGAAGUCCUAUCCCGGAUCUAUCCUCACGAACCUUCCGACCGGAUGCUACAAGCUUGUUCUCAAGCCUUCGACAUGUCCGUAUUCGAAAUAUUCUUCUCGUGGGGGACCGGCAUGUGCCUAUGCUCUGCUGCCGACGAUGCCCUGUUUGGGGAUCUCGAAAACAUUAUACGAGCGCUUCGCGUAACCCAUCUUGGCGUGACGGUUACCGUCGCCUCGCUGCUAGAACCAGGUCGAGUGCCUAGCGUCAAGUUCUUAGUCGCAGCCGGUGAGCCGAUGACCGACAAGGUGUUGGAAACAUGGGCGGAUCAACUCUGGCAAGGGUACGGUCCUUCGGAGACCACAAAUAUAUGCACCGUAAGGAAAGUAUCGCGAGGAGAUUCGUCGCAGUAUUUAGGAUGGUCUUUCGAAAAUACUUCAACUUUCGUUUUCUCGCUAGGCACGGAAGAACUAGUCCCUCUCGGCUGUGUAGGUGAGCUAUGUUUUGGGGGCGAUCAGGUGGCCGCAGGCUACUUGGAGAUGCCCGAACUGACGGCGGCGAAGUUCUUUGACCACCGUGAGUAUGGUCGCUUAUAUCGAUCCGGAGAUCUUGGACGCAUGCUUCCCGACGGCUCUUUAAUCAUUCUCGGACGGAUAGAUAGCCAGGUAAAACUCCGUGGACUCAGGAUCGAGCUUCAAGAGAUACAAGCAAUCACCCUAAGGAGUGGAUUUGCAAGCUCUUGCACAAACGUGCUUGUCACCGUUAGGCAUACUUCGUCUCAACAAUUGGCACUGUUCUAUGUUCCUGCAGGCUACGAAUCUACUAGAUUUAGUUUCUUACCCAUCACGGACUCAACAAAACAGGGAAUUGCCAUGAUACGUCAGGAACUAGGAGCUAUCCUACCAGGUUACAUGGUGCCGUCCUUCGUUUUUCCUAUAUCCGCCUUGCCAUUGACAUCGUCCGGAAAGGUCGAUCAUAACCUGCUAAGCCGUGCUGUCAAUGAUCUCACCGAUAGAAUUUUGAGUUCAUAUAGUUCCACUCAAGAUCUUGAUGAUAACUCCGCAGAAUGGACCGAGACCGAGACUUUGAUAUCGGAAGUCAUUUCGGAAACGCUUACUAUCGACAGAAAGGCGAUCAGCCGUUGGAUUUCGUUCGCUACCCUCGGCAUAGAUUCUAUAUCUGCGAUGUCCCUAGCUCGAAGACUCCAAGUGGUAUUUCAGAAGCGAAUUUCUUUGCCCGUUAUUUUAUCAAACCCAAGCGUUGGCAGGCUUGCUUCGGUCAUUAGUAAGGCUCCAUCUCCCAUAGUGGUUCAUCCUAAAGAGAGAAGUUGUAUCCUCCCAGAGUGGUUAGUUGAGGCGACCCGAAGCCGCUUCACUAAUCGGGGAUUUAAGGACGUGGAAAAUGUCCUUCCAUGUACUCCGUUGCAGGAAGCCAUGUUAUCGUCCAUAUCUCCAUCCAAGGUAGGAUCUUAUUGCAACCAGAUGCUUUUCCGACUCGGGUUGCCGUCCCAAACUAUGAGAAAGCACUGGGACAUGAUGUUUCAGCGACAUGGAAUACUACGAACGUGCUUUGUUACAACCGAGACUCCCCAACACCCGGUAGUUCAAGUAGUCUUGAAAUCCUACUUGUCUACUUGGGAGACAAUCAAGGUAGACAAGGACCAUUUACAAGAACAUAUUCUUAGGCACGGAAGCUCCCUUCCGUCUGCGCUCGACUCAGACCAGCCUCCCGUGUCGCUCGCGUUUUUUGUCCUAGAAGACGGCACCGAAUUUUUAUCUUUCGUUUGUCAUCACGCCGUUUAUGACGGUGUUUCAAUAAGAUACCUACUCUCAGAAGUUGAGGCGAUAUCUCGCGACGAGCAGCUACCGACUCCUUUAUCGUUCGAGCCGUUCCUCAGAGAAACCCUCUCUCUCCCUAUUGGGGCAGAUAGUUUCUGGGCAAACCACUUCACUUCUUUUUCUCCCUCCCACUUUGACGAAUUGCCACUCCAAAGCGACACCGAAUCGAAUGUAGUGUCCGGAAGCGCUUCUGGCAACUCGUUUUCCAUCGUUUCGAGACGACUCCGAGAUCUAGGCAUGUCACUGUUGCCAUUAUGCCAAGCGACUUGGUCUAUCACAUUAUCUUUGUUACAGGACAAUAACGACGUCUGCUUUGGAAACGUUGUGAGUGGACGCUCUACUGAUUUAGACCAUAUCGAUACCCUGGUGGCGCCAUGCUUUAACACCAUACCUAUCCGAAUAAAACUUUCCGGUAUGAAACUUCUACAUCAGGUUAUGAAAAAGUUUCAACAGCUCAAUACCGAUAUCAUGCCAUAUCAAUUUACUAGUCUACGAAGGAUACAAUCACAACUUCCGGUAUCGCGACUUUUUGACACCGUACUCCUUCUUCAACCACAGUCCCAGCCCCUGGACGAAAAUAUAUGGUGCCUAGUACAGGAAAACGGCGCAAUGGAUGUACCUCUUGUGUGCGAGAUCAUCCCUCUACCGGAACAAGAUGUCCUAACAUUACAAUUACAUCGAGAUCCAUCGAUAUUUACCCACCAAACAUUGAUACGUAUUUUAGAUAUAUUUCGGUUCGUUUUCGAUGCUUGCUUAGAACACCCAUCUUCGCACCUAUUCACAGUACCAAAACUACCUGCUCGAUGGCAGCACGACAUCGCUCAAAUAUCUCUAACGCACGAAACGCCCCAAACGGAUGCCUAUGCUGCGAUACAAGAACAGUCGAAAAGCAACCAUGGCUGGACCCAAACUGAGACGAGAAUUCGUUCUGUAUUAUCUAGGUUAGUCAAGACUCCGGAAGACGAAAUAAGACGUCACACGUCGAUAUAUCGCUAUGGCCUGGAUAGUAUUGGGGCUGUCCAGUUAGCCAAUCUUCUCCGCCGAGAGUCGUUUUCCGUUUCGGCAGUAGACGUAAUCGAAAACCCGACAUGCGCCGGCAUCGCUUCUCGUAUGACGAGUAAAGGAAAUGACACACAGCGUUUCGUUUAUAACUUUGAUGCUUUCCAGGAUGCCGUUACGGGCGAUAUGAACAAUAUCCCUAAGUCAACUAAACGUUAUGAAGCGUUGCUACCAUGCACGCCGACUCAACAAGGCAUGAUUUCGCAAUUCCUUAGCUCUAAGGGAGCGCAUUAUUUUAAUUUCUUAAGUGUAACCUUGAAGCCUGAUCUUGACCCUCAGCAAGUUGUUAGCGCAUGGGUUCGUCUUGCAAGCCGCCACCACAUACUCCGUACUGGAUUCAUAACGGUCAACCAUCAGGAUACCUCUUACGCAAUGAUAGUUUACCCCAACGCGGACUUUGCGACCCCAGUAUCGAUUCUUUAUCAGCCUAAUGCGUUCAAUGAUUCCGAGUGGCGCGCAGAGGCUACUUCGGGGGCAUUGGAUGCUCUCUCGAACCCUCCCUGGCAAGUAGUUAUUGUCGACCACAUGCAUAGCCCGUCAACGAUGCAUAUUGCGAUGCAUCAUGCGUUAUAUGACGAGAGGUCUCUGCAGAGGUUGCUAUGGGAGCUAACAGGUGUCCUUUCUGGCAAUAUAGAAGAGGAGGAGCCCUCACCAAUUCGACCGGCCCUCUCUGCGUGUCUCGACCCCGUACAUUCCCAGCCCACUUCGGAAGCCUUUUGGAAAGGGAAAGCUGAGGAUCUCGUAAUUAACAAAUUCCCACCGAUGACGCCGUUUUAUGUUACCGACCGGGUUGAGUCUACUGUAUCUAAGACGUGCGAUUCAUCUUCCGAAAAUCUUCGUCACAAUGCUGCCAAAGCUGGUGUCACCAUUCGAGCCGCCUUGCAGGCAGCCUGGACCCGUGUACUGUCUGCUUAUCUCGGAGAAGUCUGUAUUUGCUUUGGAAUCGUUCUAAACGGGCGAAAUACAAAGGAAGAGCAGGACGUAAUAUUCCCGAUGGUGACAACUUUGCCUAUUCUCGCGUGUAACUCGAACUCAAACAGCGAGCUUCUCGAAUACAUGAUGCGAUACAACACGGAUAUGCGCCGAUACGAACGGACUCCCCUUCCCAAAGUGCAGCGAUGGCUCAAUCGGCCUAACGUCCAGCUUUUUGACACGAUUAUAGGUUACCAGACUGAAGAUGUAUUGAAAAAUAAUUUUCCGUGGGAGACGCUAUACGAGACUGCAUCACUCGAGUACGUGGCCGCUCUGGAAAUCGUCGAGACGAUAUCAGACAGGCUACGACUAAAUUUAACGUACGACUCCCGGGUAUUGCCACCAGAACAGGCACGUAUUCUUCUACAACAGUUCGACGCGGUGUUUCUCGACCUCCUAGCAAAUCCUCGAGGCUGCGCUGACGAGCUUCCUCACCGCGUGCCCGACCUCUUCUCUAUUCUCCCCGCGCGCUGCCCGGAACUUCCGUCUUCCGCAGAACUCCUUCAUCAGCUUGUGGAACAGACUGCCCGACGCAUACCUUCUGCGACCGCUCUAGAGUUCGUCGAGGGUUUAGGCAGCCCGAUCCGUCGACGAUCCUGGACCUAUUGCGAAUUGAACGAGAUGGGCAACCGUGUGGCCAACAUGCUUUUGCGUCACGAAACGCCGCCGGGAAGCAUCGUCGCGACGUGCUUCGACAAGUGUCCGGAGGCUUACUUUUCGAUUCUCGGAAUUCUUAAAGCGGGGUGCGGAUUUCUAUCCCUUGAUCCUGGCGCCCCGGCGUCCCGGCUCGAGUUUAUCCUAGGUGACUCGGCAGCUACGUGUUUGCUAAUUGGGCCGGGGCUAAGCGAUUCUUUACGACUAAAUACGACUACGCCAACAUAUAUCAUUAAUGAGCGUGGGCUCUCGGAUUUCCCGGCUUCGUACCAGGGCACGUCCCAGAUAUCUUCGUCGGAUACGUGUUACUGUCUUUAUACGAGCGGUACGACUGGCACCCCGAAGGGUUGCCUGAUCAGCCACGAUAAUGCCGUUCAGGCCAUGCUUGCCUUUGAACAGCUUUUUUCAGGGCAUUGGGACGCGCGCUCAAGAUGGUUACAGUUCGCUUCGUUUCAUUUUGACGUGUCGGUAUUAGAGCAGUAUUGGUCGUGGUUUGUCGGUAUCACUCUCGUUGCGGCGCCGAAGGAUCUUAUGCUUAGCGACAUAAUAGCGACCAUAUCAAUUUUGGAAAUCACCCACAUCGACCUUACCCCGAGCCUCGCGAGACUCGUUCACCCUGAAGAGGUCCCAAGCCUAUGCAGGGGUGUAUUUAUUACCGGAGGAGAACAGCUUCGUCAAGAGAUCUUACAAGUGUGGGGGCCCAAGAAGGUCAUCUAUAAUGCAUAUGGUCCCACAGAGGCCACGAUCGGAGUCACGAUGUUCCAAAGAGUACCCGCGAAUGGAAGAUCGACAAACAUUGGAACUCAAUUUCCUAACGUAGGCACGUAUGUAUUAGAACCCGGUACCGAAACCCCGAUCCUUAGAGGUGGUGUUGGGGAGCUGUGUGUGUCUGGGAGAUUGGUUGGUAAAGGAUACCUGAACAGAAAAGACCUUACCAAGGAGCGUUUUCCAGUUCUGGGGAAGUAUAAAGACCGCGUAUACCGCACGGGAGACCUUGUCCGUGUCCUUCAUAAUGGCUCAUUUGAUUUCUUAGGUCGCGCCGACGACCAAGUCAAGCUACGCGGCCAGAGGCUCGAGAUCGGCGAGAUAAACCACGCUAUCAAAACUGAUCUCUCUAACCGGUUGGCGGAUGUAGCUACUUUCGUUACGAGGCACCUUGGACAGGAGAGAGACCUCCUUGUUUCGUUCUUAGCCCCUAUCGACUGUCCACCCGGGCCCCUGGGUCUGUAUAUUUGCUCUGACCAUCAUUCCCUUGAAAUAUCCCGGGCGGCACUCGAAGCGUGUAGAGGCCGCCUUCCCGGGUACAUGGUCCCCUCCUAUGUCCUAUGCGUGCCAUUCAUCCCUCUGUCAGCAAAUAAUAAAGCAGACAUCAAGCGUCUGAAAUCUCUCUUUGCCGAAUUACCCCACAACCGUUUACGGAGUCUUACAGCGGGUUCCACCACGUCCCACAGAGCACUCGACGAGAAGGAAUGUCUAAUAUCGUUAGCGAUCUCGAAUAUUACGGGAAUCGGAGAUACGGAAAUCCUCCCUUCGUCAUCAAUUUUCGAACUCGGAAUUGACUCGAUAAAUGUGGCGCGUUUAGCCUUCAUCUUGCAAUCUAAGGGCUUCGCCCGCGCGAGCGCUUCCCUCAUUUUACGCUGUCCCCAAAUAGACCGUCUCUCUCAAGCUCUACAAAAGUCUCACCCUAUAUCCGUCAAUAGACAGGCCCUACAAGUCGAUCAGUCAAUUCGCGCAUAUUACCAUAGGCAUAUCGGCAUGGCUUGUAGGAUGCUAGGGAUAAACAAGGCGGAUGUGGAUUAUAUAGCACCGUGUACACCUCUUCAGGAGGGGAUGGUCACGAGAUCGAGAACGGCUGAGGAUCGGUCGAUUUAUUUCAAUCAAUUCCAGAUCGAGCUAGACACGAAUGUAUCUAUAGGGGACCUCAAGCGAUGCUGGGAUAACAUAUUCGAAGAAUGCGCUAUAUUGAGAACAGCUUUUCUCCCGACUGCUGACGGUUAUAUUCAAGUAGCCGCCAAGCGAAAGGCAAUCCCUUGGUUUGAGAUUAGCGUAGGAGGAAAGGGGAUCGAAGACUUCGCAUUACGACGCCGGGAACUUUGGGUUAUCUCAAAUCAAAACAUCUUACGGAAUUCUGUUGAAAUCGAUCACUUCGAGUACCAUGGAAGACAAAUCCUUCUACUCCGGCUCUUCCAUGCUGUUUACGACGGUCAUAGCUUCGAGCUUUUACUUCGAAUAAUCAGCUCUAAAUAUCGCAAGGAACUUCCUACCCGCGCCCCCAAAUUCCUUGACGUGCUAUCCCGCGGACCACUACUCAGGCAUGGCCAAUAUAGAACGUUCUGGGAGGACGUUUUCAGGGAUCAUAUAUUCCGGCCACUACCAACCCUAGGAACCAAGCUCGGUGCGUCAGAUGUCUCUAUUUCUCGGGUCUUUCGCGUACGCGGCCUAGAAGCUCGACGUAUAGCUCUUAGAGUAACACACCAAACCAUGCUGCAGGCUGCGUGGCUAGUUACGUUGAGUCAGCGCAUCGGGUUUGUUCCGACUAUCGGCGUCGUCUUCUCUGGGAGGUCUCUAGUUCUUGAAGGUAUCGAAGAUGUGAUUGGCCCCGUUUUUAACACGCUCCCCUUUCAAAUACAUUCCGGGUAUACUACAUGGGUAUCGCUUGUUCGGGGUAUACAGGAGUACAACGCUUCUGUUCUCGAGUGUGUGCAUACGCCGCUUCGGGAUAUUCAGAAAUGGUGCUCGAAUGGCCAGCCUUUAUUUGACACCCUCUUGGCCUUCGAUCGGGAAGACGUAUUCCCGAGAGAAGAAGCGCCGUUAUGGACAUCCGUUCGUUCAACGGGAUCACUAGACUACCCCCUCGCGCUUGAGAUGGUUCUAUCGCGAGACUUAUCUCUGGCGGUUAACGCCGCCGCGAAGAGCAGUGUUGCUACCGAGGACGCAGUUCGUCUAUUAUUAGACGAGCUGGGCCGGACCUUAGGAGAUCUCGCUAGCUCGAAUAACGAUACGCUGCUUCCCAGCGGUCCUAUAUCAACGAAUUACUCGGUGGCCUUUCAGGAAGAAUAUCACGCGAAAGAUUUACACAUUUUAAACGCGUCGACUGUGGAUAGAAUGGAAUUUUUCCGAGAUGACAAAGCGCGAAAGGUUCGACGCGAGGUCGCUUACUUAGCUGACUUGGCUGACGAGGACAUCCUUGAGAACACGAGCCUCCUCGAGCUAGGUUUUGAUAGCAUCGACGCCAUCAAACUCGCCACGAGGCUCAAGAGACUUGAACUUCACAUCACGGUUGGCGAGAUUAUGAAAAGCCCAAGCAUACGCAGCAUUGUCCAGUCAUGUCGUGCUGCCGAUUCCAACGGUACCGAUGAUCAAGAUGGAAUGAUUCGUCUAAUGAGCUCGACCACCUCUUUAAGGGAAUACCUGGUACGAGAUGGCCGGAACCUUCACGAUGUUGUAGCCAUCUUACCGCCGACGCCGCUACAGGACUCUAUGGUCGCGGAUAUGCUCUUAUCUAGCUUCCAUCGUUACUUCAACCAUGACGUCCUAGAGAUCUCUCCAAGCGUAGACGUUGAUCGGCUAAGGUCAGCCUGGGCUAUCGUUUAUGCCAACUCCCCGAUCCUACGCACUUCGUUCGCUGUCGUCGAUGAUCCGAGCAGUAAAACCGCAUUCUGUCAGAUCGUCCGAGAAGAACCCCUCGAGGUUGAUUCGGCCGUGAAGCUUACCAGCCUAGACGACAUUCCAAUGGUUAUCGGCAAGGCCCGAGAUAGAGCAGCGGUGGCCGAUGGAUCAUCAGGUUUAUUCCAACUAACGCUUGUGAAAACGCCGGCGAAUCGCUAUUUAGUCAUAUCCGUUGCCCAUGCUCUAUACGAUGGGUGGUCGCUUGAAUUGCUCCAUGAUGAUGUGCUAGCCGCAUAUGAAGGCCGUUAUUGUGCUCGAAGAGGAUACGAGCCGUACCUUUCCCACCUCCUUUUCAGUUCUACAACAGCUGGCGAGAGCUUUUGGGCUGACUAUCUAGAUGGUGUCCAUCCAACAUUACUUCAGCUAGCUACGAGACCGCUCAAAAACCGCGAUCCAAUUAUAUAUCGGUCGGAAUUAGUGUCGGCGUUAAACCCUCUUGAUUUGAAAGCGCUAUGCCAAAGAUAUCGCGUCACUCCUCAGGUCUUGGCUCAAGGAUGCUGGGCACCGGUGCUUGCUUCAAUUACCGAGUCUCUCGAUGUUGUAUUUGGUGUAGUCCUGUCAGGAAGGGACACGGACGAAGCUCAAGGUCUACUUUUUCCGACCAUGAAUACCGUACCAUUGCGGGUCGUCCUUCACGGAACAGUCACCGAAUAUUUCAACUAUUUACAAGCUACCAUGUCGGACAUCAUAGGCUUCCAACACUUUCCAUUGCGCGAAGUGCAAAAGAUGGCUAAUUCUACGGGGGGGCCGCUAUUCAAUAGUCUUUUCCUCUUGCAGAACGUCAAGAAACCUAGCGUCAGAGCCGAUCCCCCCAUUUACAAAUCUGUUUAUACGUCAUCAGCUGUGGAAUACCCUUUAUGCAUCGAAUUGGAAAUCUCGGAAACCACGGUUCUAUGGCGCGUAGCCAGUGACGAACGUUACGCAUCACUUAGCGACGCUCAACAAAUCCUAAAGGAUAUCGACCAGAUCAUAUGUUACUUUUCUGAAAACCAUGCAGAUAUCCUUGAGUUUGACCAGGCUUCCGAGCAGGUAUCUGUCUGUGGUCUCAAGUAUUUUAAUUUGACCAACAUCGUCGACAAUAAAGUGGGAGUAGCGCCAACGGAUGCCCCGUCGUUCGACCCCCACUCUCUCAGCUUAGAGUCGCCUGUACUUGAUAUCUUAUCGGAGCUAUCAGGAGUAGACAAAGACAACAUCGACUCCAAUCAUUCCAUCUAUCACCUUGGUCUCGAUUCUAUAAGUGCUAUCAAGGCAUCAUCUAUGCUUCGAAAACGCGGUCUCGAGAUAUCCGUACGGGAUAUGCUAAAAGCAGCGUCGAUUCGCGAAAUUGUGAACAAGAGAACCGGACGCGCCCAUAGCGCUGUAGUUUCCCCCCAAGAUGCGCCUCUGCAGUUAGAUAAGCUCUUUGGUUUGGCUGAAAUGAAGAGAAUGCUCGAGGCUGCCGGGGUGGGUCAAGACGAAGUAGAGUCUGUCCUACCAGCCCUACCGGUGCAAGUACAUAUGUUAAGCACUUGGCAAAAUACAGACGGACUUCUCUUCUUCCCACAGUUUAAGUACCGUAUGACUGGCAAAAUAAACUAUGAGAUAGUCACGAAUGCUUGGUCUAAACUAGUGGCCGAGAAUCCACUACUUAGAGCGCACUUUGCUGCUACCAAGUCGGAAGAAAUCCCCUUUGUCCAAAUCAUAAAGAAAUCGAGGCCGAUAGAUUCUACACGGCAGAUUUCGCCGGAGCCUAAGCAAACUAAAUGGACCUACAAGGACGCCGCGACGCCUUUCAUCUCUAUCUGCAUUGAUAAUUCGCACCUAGAAGGAACAUAUCUAUAUCUUCGCAUCCACCAUGCCUUAUACGACGGUAUCAGCCUCUCUUCAAUAAUAAGUCGCUUCUCAGAAUUGUGCGACAAUAUUACGGCUCCGUCUCCUGAACCUUGCUAUGCCAGGUGGUAUGAUUUCGUCUCGAACCAUUAUUCACCUAAGGUCCGGCGACAAAGACAAGAUUUCUGGUCUUCCUAUCUUCGAUCUAUAAACCUGGUGCAUCUAUCAGCUCUACUAGGGCCAAUAACAGCUGGCCAAAGGCUUCAGCAAGUUAGACAGCUGAGGCGCGGCGCCAAAAAGGGCGUAUCUAAUCUCAAGGCAAAAUGUUCGACCUACGGAAUAACACUACAGGCACUCUUCUUUGCAGCAUAUUCCAAGACGCUGGCAGGUUUGCAUCGCUCCAACGAGUUAAGCGAGCUCAACCAGGACGUCGUAUUUGGCAUAUAUCUUGCAAAUCGAACGAGCUUUAGUGGUCUCGAAGAAGCUGCCUUUCCAACGUUAAAUAUUCUACCUCUGCUAGUCAGAAAACCACUAGCUCGAUCGGUUGUCGGAUUGGCCAUUGAUGUUCAGAAGGAUAUCCUCGAAAUUGGCAAAUUUGAGAAUGCUAGCGUAGGCCUAUGGGAAAUAUACGAUCAAACCAGGAUUCAAAUUGAGAGUUCCGUUAACUUUCUCCCUGCUUUGGAGGAUUCGAUAACCGCAUACACGAACCGCAAUGUUACAAUGACAGAGACGACUGGUCAGCCAGAACCGGCCCCUGACAGCAACAAACCACUACAGAGCCUUGCACAGCCGAGUGCGGGCUUUACGUUGCAGAAUAAAGUGAGGAAGGCGUUUCUACAUACGAUAGACGUCGAAGUAGCAAUUAGUGGCGAUGCCAUGGAUAUCGGUGUCUUUUGCCCACCUUCCUUCUCGGAAUCUGAUGCCGCGGGCUUGAUCGACGAUCUCGUCAUCGCACUAGAGGCCGUAUAUUAG